UUGAGGGAUAUGUUUUCACUGGAUCACUGCUGUAGGUUCCACUCGGUGACUCUUCCACAGUCCUGUUGCAUCUAGUCUAGUGCACCUCUACUGAUUUUCCGAUAAAAAUACCUAACUAUAAUCUCUCCCGUGCAGCUAUUGAACAAAUAUUAAAUUAAGUACUUUUCGACCUGUGUACAGUGUACUUUUGAUUUCUUCAGAGGUGGGCCCAUUGGCUGAUUGGGCAUUUUCAGUGAACUUGAGUAAUGUCACUAAUGUGGCCAGUGUGUUUAGUCUUAGUGAAUUAACUUCUGUGUCUUUGAGCAAGUUUAAUGAUAUACUGAUAAAUUUUAAAACGGAAUUAUAAAGAUGCCUGUCCAGUCAGAAGAACCUGUAGAUUAUAAAAGAAGAUACAAGAACUUGAAAAGAAAAUUAAGACUUCUCAUCUAUGAAAAUGAAUGUUUUAAAGAAGAGCUUGAAAAGGCUAACAGAGCUCUACUGCAGAUACAACAAGACAAAAGCUUCCUGCUGGAACAGUUGUUACCUUACCACCAGCCCGAGGCAUCUUCUUCCGACUCAGACCUCACUGACUACUCAGAUACUGAGAGCGGCAAUGUAGCCCUUGCCAAGAAGAAGCGCUCUGGUGAAGGCAUCAAUUCUUCUUCAACUGCUCAAGCUUCAGCUUCCAGCAGCAGUAGUGGCUUAACCAAUUCUAACUUCCCUUUACUAGUGGCUGGAGGAAGUCGUAGUGUUCCAGCUGGUGGCAAAGGACUUCCUCGAGCUACAUCAGGCAGUAAACCCUCAUCUUCUGCUGCUGCUGCUGCUGCUGCUGCUUCUACUACUGGCAAGAAAAGAACUGUGUCCCUCACAACUAGAGGUGGGAAACAGGCUGGACGAGGUAGACAGAAGAGGGCUCCCACAAAACCAACAAAAGAUCUGCCUGGCACUUUGGGCGUCCGGCUGAGUGGACAAAGCAGUGUAGACGCGGCAGACGACGACGGCCGCGGCGUGCCUGAGCUGAGCAGAGAAGAAGUGGAGCGCGACUUGCUGGCUCGACAGACUAUCGCCGAGCUCCACACUCCUGUCUCCCUCACGCUACCUAAUCAGCUCUUCUCUGAUAACAUCAUGGACGGGGACCUACUGGAGGACAUGGAAACCACAAGCAAUCUGGACGAAGACGCAGGCAGCGGCUUGGGCGUAUACGAAGAAUGAGGAAAAUGCUGGAGCACGGACGCGUCCUGUCAGACGUUCAGGAAAAGGUGAAUUUUGUGCCCAACUUGCGACGAAAAGCAGAGCGACGACGAGCAAAAAUAUUGAAGGACUGGAGCCAUAGGCCCCACACACCAGUUGGUCCCGGUAGUAAUCAACGUGAGGCGGCGGUAACUUGUCGGGCCUGCAGAAUUUAUGACCUCCCUGCCCACAUGUGCAUGUUAUAACUCAGCUGUAUCUGUUGUCGACUUAUUGUAUUUAAACAAGAUAUUGUUAAAUGAGUUAAUAUUUCACCAAAUCAAACCUAUCACCUCUCGGUUCAUUGAAUUUUUAUUGAACAAACUGCUAGAGGCCUCACCUUGCAGACAUCCGCGCAAGCUGGACAAAUAACUCCACCCAUGUGAAGCCAUCCUUGCUCGAAUACCUUAAUGGAGAUCACCUGCGUACAAUAUUUUCAUUAUACAACCAACAACACAA